UGAAACAAUUUUCUCUUCUCGUUUUCGAUCUAACUGUUAAUUUCUGUGUCUUUUUUCAUCUUCUUCCUCCUCAUUCUAUCUUCCUUCGGUUGGAAGAUGACGAUGAUGAUGAAGAUGAGGAUGAGAUGGUUCACAUUCGUAAGAGAGAAAAAGAAACUCAGUGGAAAAAGAUGAUGAGGAUGAAAAGAGAAGAAAAUUUUUCAAUGGAAUCCAAAAAUACUCAGUUAUGAUAACGAAGGAAAAUGAGUUAAUCAACUUAAGAUUAUGUUCACCUUAUUUAAUUGUUUCCAUUUUAAUCCAAUCAUGAAUUUCAUCAUAAUUGGUAAAUUUCUAUUGCUUUUAAUUGUGUUUCCAUUUGUAUCCGGUUUACCAGAGACUCUUAAUAUCGGUGCUUUGUUUACCGGCGAUUCGAUCGAUCAAGAUUUAGCCUUUCAGAUCGCUAUUUCCAAAGUUCUCAACGAAUUCAAUCGUUUUUCAUCAACCACCGUCCAAGGAAUUAAGUACAAUGUUUCAUAUUUCGAUAGCUAUCAAGCUCAAUCAAACGUGUGUAAAUUGCUACAAGAACAGGUCACUGCGAUCAUAGAUACAACAAGUUCACCCUGUUCUCAUCAUGUUGAAGCGAUUUGUGAUAAUUACGAGAUACCUCAUAUCCGAACCCGAUACGAUUGGAGACAAUCAAUGGGAACCUUUUCAAUUAACCUCUACCCUCACCCAAUGCGAAUCGCUCAUGCAACAAUCGAUUUAAUCAUUGAACUCGCAUGGAAAGAGUUUGCAAUACUAUUUGAAGAUGAUGAAGAUAUCGCCUUUGUUAAUGAACUAUUCAAGGAAACUCAGAAAGAGUAUGAACAAAUGAGCGGAUUCCCCGUUAAUCGGCUCGAAUGGACAAUCGGUGUUUAUCAAUUCUCAUCGAUCGAUUCCUAUCGAGACACUUUCGGCCUUGUAAGACGAAGUCAAUAUAAGAACAUAAUUCUUCACGUUAAAUCGGACAAUCUAUACGACGCUCUCAAGCAGGGCCAACAAAUUGGAUUAAUGACAGACGAAUACUCGUUUAUCCUCACUUCUUUGGAUCUUCAUGCAAUCGACCUGAAGGAUUUUAAAUACUCUGGAGCCAAGAUACAUUCCUAUAGAUUAGUAGACACAACCAGCGAGGAAUCCCGUCAAUUUAUUCACGACUGGGAAAAUGUGGCCUUAGAAACGGGAAUAGAAUUGACAGAAUCAAGUAACUUUAAGACAGAGACAGCAUUGGUCUAUGAUGCAGUUCUACUUGUGGCUAAUUCAAUAAAAGAAGCUGAGAAAACGAUGCAAGUUGAAACAACGUCACUUUCAUGUGAAGAGCCACUCACCUGGUCUCAAGGAACUUCAAUAUUAAAUUUUCUUACCGCUAAUCCAAUGGACGGUGUUACUGGAAGACUUUUUUUCGACGAAGAGGGUUAUCGUUCUAAUGUUGUUCUUCACCUUUAUGAACUUUCCAACGUUGGAUUUACCAGAUUGGGUUUCUGGUCAGACAUCAACAAGAAAGGACUCGAGAUUCAAAAUAAGCAGCCAAAGUAUUACAAUCCCGAUGAAAAUGCAAUCAAACACCGGACACUGAAAGUGGUCACUGUUGAGGAAAAGGGUUAUACUAUGAUUAAGAAUGACCGACGUCCACUCGAGGGUAAUGAUAAGUACGAGGGAUAUGUAGUCGAUUUGGUUGAAGAGCUUUCGAAACUUCAAGGAUUCAACUAUGAGAUCGAUCUGUUUGAGAGUAAAAGUUAUGGCGAUUGUAAUAAAACCACAAUGACCUGUAACGGAAUGUUGGGUGAGAUCACCUCUGAUCGCGCUCAUCUUGCCCUUGUCGACCUGACGAUCACCGCUGGACGUGCCGAGGUCGUUGAUUUCACCCAUCCCUUCAUCAAUACCGGAAUUUCCGUUCUGUUCAAAAAGAUAACCAAAAGUGAGACUCAAUUAUUUGGCUUUUUGUCUCCAUUCACUAACCUUGUUUGGCUAAUGAUCACCUUUACAAUUAUCACGGUUUCCAUAUCGCUCCAUGUAAUUGGGCGAUUGUCACCCUACGAGUGGGUCAACCCUUACCCGUGCCGGCAAGAUGAGCCAAUUCUGGAAAAUGAUCUGUCCACUCAAAACUCAUCCUGGUUCAUUGUGGCCGCUCUUAUGCAACAAGGUUCAGAAAUCGCCCCAAGAACUUUAUCUACUCGUUGGUUGGCUGGUGUUUGGUACUUUUUCACCUUAAUCCUUGUCUCUUGUUACACCGCUAAUUUAGCUGCUUCUUUGACAAUUGAGGAUUUUAAUUAUCCUUUUGCCAAUGCUAAGGAUUUAAUCCUUCUCGAUACACCCGAGGUUAAACUUAUCAAGUUCGGCUGUAAAUCGUCCGGAUCAACGUUGAACUUUUUCAAAGAUUCAAAGGAUGAGGUUUACCGAGAGAUCUACAAUCGGAUGAUGGAUAAUCCCGACUGGUUGGCAAGUACCAAUGAUGAAGGUGAACAAAGGGUUAGAGAUUCUGAGUUCGAUUAUGCUUUUUUCAUGGAAUCAGCGACUUUGGACUAUAAAUUGGAACGAAAUUGCUCAAUUGUUAAAAUCGGCGGUCUGCUUGACCAUAAAGGCUAUGGAAUUGCAGUUAAACGUAAUUCACCCUUACUCAGGAUUCUUAAUCAAGGUUUACUUGCUCUUCAAGAAUCUGGUCAAUUAAGGGUUUUAUAUGAUCGAUGGUGGAAACAGCGUAAUGGCGGUGGGGUUUGUGCGGCUCGAACUGAUACUUCAGCGGCUGUUACGUCAUUCAAAUUAAUCAAUGUCGGCGGUGCUUUUAUUGUCCUUCUCGUCGGCUGUGCAGUUGCGAUGUUAAUUGCCUUCUGUGAGCUGAUUAUUAAAUGUUGGAACACAACCAAUGAUCCGGUCUCAUUUUGGGAAGGAGUUAAAAGUGAAUUAAAAUUCGCCUUUAAUUUUCAACAAGCGACUAAACAAAUCGCCAAAAGUGACAAUUUAAUCAUCUCCUUUUCUUUAGUGAUGAUGAAGAAGAGGACGAUGAUUCUGUCAAUGGAUUUGAAGAAUCAUCGGAUCAGGAAGGUUCGGGUGAUUCAGAUGGUGGAAGUGGAAGUCCAGGUGAUUCCAUUAGUGGUAAUGGUGGAAUAAAUUCCAAUUUCGAUCAUAAUCCAAUUGAUGGAAACAAAUUACAAAUUCCAAUUGAUGUUGAUUCCAAUUCUUUAAGUAAAGACUCGUUUACCAGUAGAGGUUUUAAUAGAUCUUCUACUUUUUCCAAUCCAUCAUCAUCUUCAUCUUCGUCUUCAUCAUCUGUAUUUUUAUCUUGUUCAUCUUUAACAUUUUCAUCUCUAUGGAUAAUCAUUGGAAUCAACUUUUUGUUAAUUUCAUCAUCUAAUUGUUUCGUUGAUUUUAAUACCAGAUUGAGACUUUAAAUUUGGUUAAAUUGUUCGUAUUUGUAUUUUUAUUUUGGACUGUUAUUAAGGUUGAAUAAGUUGGUACUCACUGUUUACCUACGUGUUUAAUUGUGACCUAAUAACUGUCAUUCUUGUUGAUUUUAAAAACAUUUAAUUAACAUGAACACCUACACAAUUUGGUGCAAGUUAAUUAAAAAUAAUCGUUAAUUCUCACCACCAGAUGCCUCUAUUGUCGUAUCCAAACAGCUGCUUGGGUUAUGCUUUUUUCCUCCAUCCUUUUGGCAUAAUUGGAAAAU